UAAAUUGUACAUGUAAUUUAAUUUCAGUUCAGCCAUCAAUAGUAAUAACAUUCAGCAACACGUCGGCAUCCGGUCUAAAUGCAAUAAACAAUACGUCUAUAAAAGAAAACAGUAAUUUCAACUUGACUUGCACAGCAAACAGUAAUCCAGUGUCUUCGUAUUAUUGGUUUAGUCCAGAGUCAAAUUCAAGCAAGUCAGGUCAGCAUCUCAGGGUGUAUAAUAUUAGUAGAAAGAAAAAAGGACCUUACAUAUGUUUUGCAUAUAACACCAUGAAUCGCAGUUUUGGAGAGAUGGAAGACAGCAAAAGCAACCAGAGCCUUUAUUUUAAUAUAGUGUAUAAAACUACAAUAAAGAGUUUUGCAACCACAGACCAUCAAUACCACAGGAAUAUGACUAUUAAUGUUGCUGAUAGUGUUAACUUAUUAUGCAACGUUGAAAGCAAUCCAAAGUCGAACAUUUCAAUUUCAUUUAAUGGGGAAAUACUAAAUGAUACAACAGGAAGUGACAGCCUGUUUUUCCAGUUGUCUGAGGCAAAUUGUUCCAAUGCUGGAAUUUAUGUUUGUUCCGGAGCAAACGAGUACAAUUAUGGCUCAAAUGCAACACGGGAAUUCACUGUGUAUGUUAAAUGUCAACCACAGCCAUCCACUGACAUGGGACUUGUGCAAAAUAUUUCAGCAGCUUUACACAGUUCGAAAACAUUGCGAUUCAGAGUCUUGCCUUACCUAGAUUCUGGUGUAACGACCUUUAAUUGGUUUAAACAGGAUACACCGGUAGAUAACUACAUAGAACACAGCGGACGAAUUCAUGUAUGGUCGUCAAGCAUUGAGUCAAAUUUAACUAUCAACAGUGUUUCAGAAUCUGACUUUGGAGAGUAUCGGAUCGAGUACAAUAACUCAGUAGGAUUUAACAGUUUUACAUUCUACCUGCAAGGUGAAAAAGCACUGGUGACAAGCCCUACUGAUAUAGAAACUUCAAAAUAUGUCGGAGUUGUUGCGGCGUGUGCUUCUGGUGUUGUAGUAAUUAUUGUUGUGAUAGCUGGUAGUAUAUAUCUUUAUAAAAAAAGACAUAAAACCGAACCUGGCACUUCGACUUACCAAAAUGUACCUUUCGGAAGUAACGGCCGCCAGAGAAAAGAGAGCACUCAGUCUUUAGACAUUAACGAAACGCGUUUUGAAGCUCUCCAGGAGGUCGAUGAUGUUCCAAAAGAAACCAACGAAUCAGCUGUAUACACUAAUUCCCUUGAUAUAAUAGAAAAAAUAGAAAGAGUUGAAGUAUCGGAACUUCUAUCAUAUGUUUUAGGAAAAAGUGAGGAUUCGUUCGCAGCAGACUUUAAGAAAUUACCAUCGGACCUACAGAAGCCAUGCAUAUUUGCCAGAAAACCUGAAAACCUACCUUUGAACAGAUACAAUGGGAUUUAUCCAUGUGAGUUGACAUUGUGUUGUAUUAGUAAACCUAUAUUAUUAGGUUAUUUAACAUUGUUCUCUACAAUACGAUGA